UAUUAAAAAUAUGUGCAAGCGGUUUUUUAAAGACAAUUUGGCGAACAAACAUCAAGUGAUACGAAAUAUAUAUAGUCCGGCUUGAAAUUAUAUUGCUGAUGGGAAUUUCCGCUGACGAUUGCUGAUUCCAACAUAGAUUUAGAUAAUGGCCUUUCAACUGGACGAUCUGUUGAAGGACGAUAAGAAGGAUGCGAAUUUGAUACCUGAUUUGAGCAAGUCGACCUGUAAUUCUUACGAAGAGUUCCGGCGACUCAAGGAACACUGUCCGGAGUUUAAGAUCAAACCGGAAAAGGUAAAAAGAGAAGACAUCAAGGUCCGCGACAAAGAUUUUUCUUGGAAAGCGACCAAGAAAGAGCUCAAAGCCAUCGGCAGGGAAUGGGCUUAUGGCGAUCCAGUUCCACCUGAUAUGAGAGAAUUGGAUCUACAAGAGCUGCAACAAGUCGCCAUCGAUUGGCGAAUGCUGACUCCCAUCAGACCAAAGCUUCGUCAGGACGAAGAAAUGUUUUCGAGAUUGGUGGAGAUGGGCAAAUUAGAGGCGAAGACCAUAAUGAAAGAACGUCGUUCGCCAACAAGUCCUAUUAGACGAAGUAAGAAUCGCGCGGGGAUAAUCGAAAGCAGCGUAAAAACCUGCAGAGAAUGCGGCGAGGAAUAUUGUUUCGGCGAAUUUUGCGGAGAUGUCCUCUACGACUCCUUCGUAAGGGUGGCCGUUGCCAUCAAGCAGCCAAAGAUUAAAAUAUCCGCGGACACCGAGGCGAUAAUCGCCAACAUGGAACGUAAGAAAAAAAAGAAAAAGAAGAAAGGGAAAAAGCGGGUCAAGAACAAGAACAAAUCGUCUAGAAAGUCCGCCAGAUUGUUGGUCAAUGGUAAAGCGAGAAGAUCGAUAACGGAUCUUGAAAUUAAAAUUGUUAAAACGAAAGAUAAUCGAGAACAAAAUGAGAAACCGGUGAAACAGUUUAAGAGAAAAUGUAGCAAGUAUACAAAGAAAGGCCUUUUACGCAAAUAACGCAAAUAUAUAAAGUUAUAAUAUUAAUGAAAAAAUUUGGAAAUCUGUAAAAAUUUCUUGCACGUGCUCUAAAAAUACCUCAUACAUCCAUUUGUAUAUGUAGAUUAUUCUUAUUAUAUAAGAAGCUUUUCGAUAAAUAUUUAAAACAUAUUAAUAAUUUAUAAAAAAUAUGAUCUAAAAAUAUUUUAAUCAAGUAAAACGGUAAUUAUACAUGCGGCACCUAAAUUUUUGGUGUAAUCUACUUAUUAAGAAAAUAUUUGAAUAAGAUAUUAUAAAUAAGUAGAUAAGAAGCGCAUAUAUAUAUGAGAAUAUAUAAUUAACUAGAAUUAGAAUAUUACAAAAUACGCGCCAUUGAAAAAUUAAACAAAUGAGAAUACGAUUGCUCGAUAAAUAAAAGGAAGAACCAACUCGAAAUGUUUUGCAUUUUACUAUUUGUCUGUGUAUUCUAUGAUUCCUCGAUAUAGGUAUAUACAAAUCGGAUAGGCGCAAUGUGUGUAUGUGAAUGCUCCCAAUUAAAUGCUGGAAAAAUAUAACUUUUAUUCACUUUGUGUCUUUCUUUUCUCUCUCUUUCUCUGUCUUUCGUUACUUUGUCUUAAGACACAUUCCAUAAUUCUCACACAUUUUUCCAUAGAUAUCACAACCAAAAAGCGUACCCUCACGAGAAAUGUUCCGUUCGUCGAGCGAGACAAGUGCAAAAAAUAUAUAUUUAUGUAUAUAUAUAAUAUAUCUCUUGCAUUGCACAAAUAUAUAGAAAUAUUUAGAUUAUAUAUAUAUCAUAAUUUCAAGAAUAUGAACGCAUAAUCGUAAUUACUCGAUUCACGUGAGCAGAAUAUUUCUCAUCAAUUUUAUAUCUUUCCCAUUGAGUUUGAACGCAUACGUUUUAUUUGUCAUAUUUUCCCGGUUUGCGUUAAUACGCUCACAUAAUGAUAAGAUUU